AUGCCUAAAGAAACGAAGUAUUAUGAGAUGCUGGGGAUCUCGCACACCUUACAGGGCGAGGAGUUCCAAGCAAAGUUAAGGACUUGCUACAAGAAAGCUGCACUCCGAUUCCACCCUGACAAGAACAAGGGCGACGAUGCUGCAGCCGAGAAAUUCAAGGAAGUCUCAAAGGCGUACGAAGUUCUCAAAGAAGACCGAUCACGAAUGAUAUACGACCAAUAUGGUGAAGAAGGUCUUGAGCAGCAAGGUGGUAUGCCUGGUGGCGGUAUGGCUGCGGAAGAUUUAUUCGCACAAUUCUUCGGUGGCAGUGGCUUUGGUGGUGGUCUGGGUGGUAUGUUUGGUGGUGGCAUGAGGGAUACAGGCCCAAAGAAAGCACGCACGAUUCACCACGUCCACAAAGUCUCCCUCGAGGAUAUCUACAAGGGCAAAAUUUCGAAACUUGCGCUACAGAAAUCCAUAAUUUGUCCUGGUUGUGAUGGUCGAGGAGGUAAAGAGGGCGCAGUCAAGAAAUGUGCAGGCUGCGACGGUCAAGGUGUCAAGACUAUGCUGCGACAAAUGGGUCCUAUGAUCCAACGUUUUCAGACAGUUUGCUCGGAUUGCCAAGGAGAGGGCGAGACCAUGCGGGAUAAGGACCGCUGCAAACGCUGCCAGGGCAAGAAGACAGUCGUGGAAAGGAAAGUGCUGCAUGUUCACGUCGACAAAGGUGUCAAGAAUGGUCACAAGAUCGACUUCCGAGGAGAAGGCGAUCAAAUGCCUGGAGUACUUCCUGGUGACGUCCAAUUUGAGAUCGAACAGAAACCACAUGCACGAUUUCAGAGAAAAGACGACGAUCUUUUCUACCACGCCGAGAUCGAUCUUCUGACCGCAAUCGCUGGUGGUCAAAUCUACAUCGAACAUCUCGACGACCGCUGGCUGACAGUAAAUAUCUUCCCUGGAGACCCAAUUACGCCAGGUGCAGUCAAAGUCAUCAAGGGUCAAGGUAUGCCGUCUCUGAGACAUCAUGACCAUGGCAACCUUUACAUUCAGUUCGACGUCAAGUUCCCGGACAAGACACAAUUACAGAAUCUGCACCUGCUUGAGCAAGUCCUUCCACCACGAAUACACCAACAGGCUCCGUCUCCAGACGCUAUGCAAGAAGACUUCGAUUUAGAGGAUGUUGAUCCUCGAAACCAAGCUCGUGCGCAAGGAGCAGCAUAUGGCGAAGAUGAAGAAGAUGAGAUGCAUCCUGGUGCUGAGCGCGUACAGUGUGCUUCGCAGUAA